CCACCACCACCACCACCACCAGCAGCAGCCGUAGCCGCCGCAGCUCGCUGUAGGAGACUCGCUGUACCAGCUACACUGAUCGCUCUGUGCUCUUUGCACGUUGUCAACCAGUGUUGUCAUCCCCGUAACGGCUCCGGAUGAAUUCUUUUCAAACCUUUUUAUAAGGGGGUCGUUUGGUAUUUUUUCAUCAGAUGCGCCGGCCGGGAUUUUUCCAUGGUACUGCUGCAGACUUUGUGGUUUUUCUUUUUCUAUCCAUUCCUGAGUUCUCCGGCGGUGUUCCGAGCGAGCGGACGCACGCCUCACUGUGUCAGACGAACGCACGUCAAGCCUGCUGCUGAUUAGAAGAUGGGAGCCUCGUGUCAAACAAAUAUGCUGCUCUUUGUUUUCCUGUGGAGUUUCUUCACACACUCUGGGCACACUGCCUACCCCAGGAUACGGCUCUCCUAUUCAGAUCUGUGGCAGAUGAACAGGACGGUGGUGUUCCAGCCCCAGCAGGGGACUCUGCUCCAGGCUCAGACCAUGCUGCUUGAUGAGCCCAACGAGAGGCUCUACGUCGGGGCCAAGAACCGCCUCCUCUCACUGCGCCUGGAGCACAUCAACAGGGACCACAAAGAGGUCCGCUGGGCGAGCAGUGAGUCCCAGAUCGAGGAGUGUCUGAUGAAGGGCCGAGAGAAGCCGGAGUGCGCCAACUACAUCAAGGUGCUGCAGCAGUACAACAGCACCCACCUGUUGGCCUGCGGGACUGGAGCUUUCAACCCCACCUGUGGUCUGCUGGCGGUGGGAACCAAGGCAGCCGACAGGCUGUUCUCCCUGGCGGAGGAGAGUGUUGAGAGCGGCCGGGGCCGCUGCCCCUACGACCCCAACAGUCUGUGCACCUCUACCCUUUACAGAGGGGAGCUGUACAUGGGCGUGUACACCGACUACUGGGAGAACGACGGGGCGCUGUGCCGACUCAACAGCCAGACGUACACGCGCACCGAGAGGGAUGACAGACAGCAGCUGAACCAGCCUAAGUUCAUCAAGUCGGCGGUGAUCCCCGAUAACGAUGACCCAGAGGACGACAAGGUGUACUUCUUCUUCACCGAGCGGGAGCAGAACCCGGAGGGAGAGACCAAGGCUGUGUACACCCGGGUCGGACGCGUCUGUGCUAACGACCAGGGAGGCCGGAGAAUGUUGGUCAACAGAUGGAGCUCCUUCCUGAAGACGCGCCUCAUCUGCUCGGUGGCCGGGGCCAACGGCAUCGACACACACUUUGACGAGCUCGAGGACAUCUUUGUGCUCCAGAACAAGGACCAGAAGAAUCCAGAGAUCUUUGGACUUUUCAGCACCACAAGCGCCGUCUUCAAGGGCUACGCCGUGUGCGUCUACCAGAUGGACGACGUCAGGGCGUCCUUCAACGGGCCCUUCGCCCAGCGGGAGAGGCCUGGCCACCACUGGACCCCCUACGAGGACCGCGUGCCCUACCCCCGCCCGGGCUCCUGUGCCAGUAAGAUGAACGGCGGGGGCUUCUCCAGCUCCAAGGAGUUCCCUGACGAGGUUCUGCGCUUCGUGCGCGCCCACCCGGUCAUGUACCGGGCCGUGCAGCCACUGCACCGCCGGCCCGUCCUGCUGCAGACCCAGGGGGGGGGGCGCAGGCUGACCCAGCUGGCGGUGGACCGCGUCCAGGCCCAGGACGGGCACUACCACGUCCUGUACAUCGGCACCGACGACUCUGUGGUGUUGAAAGUGAUCACCAUCUACAACAAAGACACGGACACUGUGGAGGAGGUCCUGCUGGAGGAGCUCCAGGUGUUCCAGGUGCCCACAACAAUAACAGAAAUAAUCAUAUCAUCCAAAAAGCAGCAGCUGUACGUGGGCUCAGAGGUGGGCGUGGCCCAGGUGAGGCUGCACCAGUGUGAGCUCUACGGCUCCCAGUGCGCCGACUGCUGCCUGGCCAGGGACCCCUACUGUGCCUGGGAUGGGCUCACCUGCUCCAGGUACUACCCUGCUGGAGUCUACCCCAAAAGCCGCCGGUUCAGGCGCCAGGAUGUUCGCCAUGGCAACGCCGUCCAGCUGUGUAAUGGGCUGCAGAUCGACGACCAGCAGCUGGGCGUGGCAGAGGAGAGGACGGUCUACGGGGUGGAGACCAACAGCACCCUCCUGGAGUGCACCCCUCGCUCCCUUCAGGCCAGGGUGCUCUGGUUCAGACAGCAGGGAGAGCUGCAGCAUGAGCUCCAGGCCAGCGAGCGCGUGGUGCCGACCGCGCACGGGCUGCUCCUCCUGCACGUGCGCGGCUCCGACGCCGGCGUGUACGUGUGCCAGGCGGCCGAGCACGGCUACGUGCACGCCCUGCUGCGCGUGGCGCUGGUGGUGCUGAAGGGGGAGCGCGCGGCGGCGGCGGCGGCGGCGGCGGCGGUGGCGGCGGGCGACAGAGAGAAGGAGCUGUCGUGUCCCUCCUCCUCCUCCUCCUCCUCCACCUCCUCCACCUUCGGGGGUCCCCAGACGGGGGGGCAGCCCGGCCCCCACUCCCGGGUGUGGUACAAGGAGUUCCUGCAGCUGAUUGGCUACGGGGACGCCCAGCGGGUGGAGGAGUACUGCGAGCGGGUGUGGUGCUCGGACAAGAAGCGCAAGAAGCCCAAGAGGAGGUAUGCCCCCCCCGGGGGGGGGGGGGAGAAGAAGGGGAAGGCCCGAGCAGGGGAGGGCUCCCACCGUGCCCCCAGACACACACUGGAUACAUGAGGGUGUGUGUGUGGCCACGCAUGCACACACACACACACGCCCCCCCCCCGCACACACACACACGCACACAUGUGGAAACACGCACGCGGUCAAACACGCCCGCACACAGAUGUUGAAACACACACGCACACACUGUUGUUGAAAUGCACACACUCACACACACACGCACACCUCACGCCAACACACAUUUUGAGACAUAAACAUCCCCUCACCCCCACCAACACACCAACCCUCACCCCCACACACAGACUAAAGGUCAGGCUCUCUUGUGUUCCCACCACCGAGCAGAUAUCAGGACACAAUUUGUCCCUAGUAUUAUUAUUAUUCGUGUGAGGUAUAUUCGCUUUAAAUGUCCAAAACAACCUUUAGGUCAAAUCAGGGCAAGUUUGUUGAGCAGAUGAAUCCUCACAUGAUCAGCGUUGAAUACGGGGUUACGUAAAGUCCUGUGGACCGUCAGAACACUGGGCCCCUGCAUGUGCUGAGAUGAAAUGGGGUGGAGCGUGAGCUCUGACCUCAGAGACAUGCCAGGCAUAAGCUCCCCCCCCCCGGAGUGAGCCAGAGCAAACCGGUUGACCAAAACAAACACAAGAGACUUGACAAGCGGCUGAUCUCCUCCCGGCGCUGCGGCCAAUCACCGCGACCCGUUCGCCGUGUCACUGUAUCCCAUGCCAUCCCAUAUUUUCUACUAAUUUAUUUACUUUCAGUUUUCAAUCGUAGAUGGGUGUUCAACUGGAAGUACAGUGUUUUUCAUGUUUUUUGUAGCUAAAACGAGCUUUGAGUUUAGUGAUGCUUUAAUAGCAGUGAUCAUAAUGAUGAUAUGGGUUUGAUGGCAUGUAUUAUCAAUAAUAAAUAAGCCCUUAAACUAAA